AUGCCCCGGCAGCCUCUCGAUCAGGUAGCAAUGGUCUUGACGGACUACAAUUUCAACCAUGUACUCAGCCUACCAUACCCCCUCUUCUUGGUCGCAUGGUGGCUGAGAAAGCCCCUGUCGACAUGUCAACAGUCGCCACAUGGAGGAGCGGGGUGUAGUCUACAUUUCCUCUCUAUUACUAUGGACAUCUUGUGUCCAAGGUUCAAGCCGAGCCAGCGCAAUCCAAGGUACAUAGCCAUUCUCCUCGGAGACCUUGGUGGCAACUGGGGGUUUUUUUUUAAAAGCGCGCAUAAUGCGUUACUAUGA